AUGUUUAAAGCAAAAAUGAUAGAAAAUGAAAAAGACUUUUAUUGUUAAAAAAAACAUGGCUAACCAAUUCAUUUGGUUGUGCUUGAUCCAAAGCUAGAAAAGAACCAAAGACUUUAGUGCAAUCAAUGCAUGGAAAACUUCGAAUCGAAUGCUAAGACAAUAGGAUUAAAAAAAGUCAUCAAGAUUAUUGAGGAUAUUAUUGAUAAAAAUUUUAAAAACUUAGAAAAUAUUACAUAGUAGACAGUCUAAGACUUAUCAAUUUGUAUAAAAAGUAUAUCUGAAUUAAAGACAUAAUUUAUAAAAUUAUUUGAUUCUAUAAUUAGUAUAGCUUAAGAUUGGAUUCAAGAUUUAUUGGCAUAAAGAGAAUAAUACAACUAAUACAGUUUUUAUGAUGAAUUAGAUUGCUUUAUUAAGAACUAGAAUACUAAUUACGAUUCUAAUAUCGCACGUAUCUAUAAUAUAAAUAGAUCUUGGAAAACUAAACUAUCUAAUAACUUAUAUUAAUAUAUUCAAGAUUAAGAAAAAGUUAAGUUUAGAGAUAUAAAAUAAAAAAUUAUUAAUAUCAAUUGUUCAAAUUUGUAUCAAAUAUAUGAAAUAAAAUUAAAAUCAAUUGAAUAAUCUGUUUAAUAAAAAUAAUGUAAUUCAAUAGUUUUUGAUUCUUCUGGGUCAAUUAUGGUAUCAACCGAAGAGAAUGAUAUUAAAGUAUGGAGUUUUCUAGAUGGAAAAAUCAAAAUGUUAAAAAAAUUGUAAGGACAUACUAAUUGGGUUUUCUGCUUAGUUUAUAGUAAGAAAUAGAACUUUUUUAUUUCAUGUGCGGAAGACAAGACAAUAAGAUGCUGGAAAUAAUUGAAUUAAACUGAAUGGAUUAGUUCAUAACCUUAUUAAUAACAUACAGAUUUUGUAACGUGUAUUAUAUUAAAUUCUAAUGAAAAUAUACUAUUUUCUGGAAGUAAAGAUAAAUCAAUUAAAGCAUGGAAGGUUGAUAUUAAUAAAAAUAUAUUGACAUACAUGUAUUCACUAAAUAAACAUGAUAAUAAAGUAAUGGCAUUAAGUUUAAAUUAAUCAGAAACACAAUUAGUAUCAUGUGGAUAAAAUAAGAAUUAGAUUAUUAUUUGGGAAAGAAGAGAAUAAGAUAAAUUUGAAUUCAAACAUUUUGUUAAAUAGUCAAUUUAAGAAGAAGGACUUAAGAUUUAAUUUAUUAAAGAAAAUUAAUUUAUUUGGGUAACUGGUGGUAAAGAAAAAGACAAACUUUAAGUAUUUGAAGUAAAAUAAGGAGAAUACAUAGAAAAUUAGGACAAGGCUAUUCAAUUAAUUACAAAUAAUUUAAUAGUAGAUCAAUAUCGUUUUCCAAUAGUUUACAAUAAGGAGAGGAAUUUAAUAAUAAUAAGACAUAAAAACUUCAUCUACAUCAUUAGAGAAAUGAAUAAUGGUAAGUUCAAAAUAGUUGAAUAAUUGAAUUGUGACACAAUUGAAAUUUAUGGAACUAUCACAAACAAUGGAUAAUAUUUGAUCUAUUGGGAUUAAAAAAAUUAAGGAUAUUCAACAUAUGAAUUAUUAUAUAAAUGA